AUGAAGGAAGAUGCGCCAAUCACCGGCGACAACACCACCGCGCAACCAGCGCAACAGGUGCUUUGCACAGAAUCAACAUCGAGCGACAAUGAGGCGACCACGUUGGCAUCCCCGGCCGAACGACCGCAACCAAAAGACGACAGCGAUGUGGAGAGUGUUGGCGGACAGAGGAAUACCAUGUCGCGAAAGCGCAUGCUGCUAGCCUUCUCUGCAUUGUCUGUUUGCCUCUUUGUGUCCUUCAUCGAUCAAACCAGCGUUUCGACAGCAGUGCCGGCGAUAGCGGGUGACCUCGACACCGGCACGGCGACAUCAUGGAUCGGGACGUCGUUUCUCAUCGCGUCAACCGCUUUCCAGCUCAUCAACGGACGACUCUCCGACAUUUUUGGCCGCAAGAACCUGCUCAUGAUUUGUCUGUUGUUGAUGGCUGUCGGCGACAUUCUCUGCGGAUUCUCAAAGACGAAGGAGCAGCUUUUUGCGUUUCGGGCCAUUGCGGGUAUUGGAGGCGGUGGCAUCAACAGCAUUGUCAUGAUCAUCGUUAGUGAUAUCACGACGUUGGAGAAUCGAGGAAAAUACCAAGGUGUGCUUGGUGCUGUUCUCGCUCUCGCAAACGGAGUCGGCCCCUUCGUCGGAGGCGCAGUCGUGCAAGAGUCAACCUGGAGAUGGGUUUUCUGGAUGGUCCCAAUCAUCAGCGCCCCGGCAGCCGUCACCAUCCUCUUUUGCCUGCCGCUCAAACACCAGUCUGGCAACUACGCGGAGAAGGUCAAGAAGAUUGACUACGGCGGCAUCGCACUGAACAUGGCCUCGACUCUGCUGGUCUUGGUCCCGCUCUCCGGCGGCGGUGUGUCCUACCCAUGGUUUUCGCCUUUCGUGAUCGCAGCCGUAACUGUUGGUGCCGUUCUGGCUGUGCUCUUUGUCUUGUACGAAUGGAAGGUUCCAAAGCUUCCCAUCAUGCCUCUACGCUUGUACCAAGCACCGCAUUGCAGCUACCUCUUUGGCCAAACGUUCCUGAUGGGCCAGGCAUACUUUGGCAAUCUCUUUUACCUGCCGAUAUACUUCCAGUCGAUCCUCAAGUUCUCGCCUCUCGCCGCCGGUGCGAUGAUUCUACCUGUCAUCAUCACGACGUCGGCGCUGUCCAUUCUCUCUGGUCAGUACAUGCUUCGACUCGGGCUGUAUAUGCCCUGCAUUUUCGUAGGUUUUUUCCUGUGGACUCUGGGCAACGGGCUCACAAUUUUGUUCGACCGCGACACCGGACUCGGCGAGCUCAUUGGGAUUCUCAUCAUUGUCGGCGCGGGCAUCGGUCUCACCCUGCAGCCGACGUUGGUAGGCAUGUAUGCCAAUUCUCGAAGCGAGGACCGCGCCGUGACCACCGGGCUGCGGAACUUCAUCCGUACCAUAGGAGGUGCGUUCGGGCUCGUCAUUUCCGGCGUCAUCCUCUCGAAUACCCUGAAACGGGACCUCCACGGCAAAGACUUCAUCUCGGACAGCUUGAUCGCGGAACUCACGUCUUCCACGUACACACUGGGCGAGAAAGGCUUCACUGAGGAGGAGCAGACGGUUAUUCUCAAGGCAUACAUGAAGGGCUUGCAUUACAUUUUCAUCUACUACGUUGUCUGCUCUGGCCUCAGCUUGGUGUUGACGCUCGGGGUGGGCAACACCAGUCUAAAGGCGAAGAAGCCGGCGCAGGCCGAGGAGGCGGCGGAGGUUCCGAACGAAUCACAGGCGGAGCCUCCAAGGACCGAAAAUGAGAAGGGCGACAAGAAAAGUUAG